UCAAAGGAAGAAUCCUCAAUUAACCUGAAGAUUUUAUAGAUCUGAAGGAUUUGAAAAGUCGGAAGCAGUUGAAGAAGUGAACGGUUUCGGGGCUCGAUCUGGCCCCCUGUGACUAUUAUCUCUUUCCAAAGCUCAAAAACCACUUCAGGAGGCGUCGCUUUUUAUCGAAUUUUAUUCAAUGGCAUAGCGUUAUUGGAGAAAUAUUGGAACAAGUGGGUUAAUGGCAAAAAAUCUUAUCUCUUGCUCGAGCCCAUAGUUUUUCAGGGAAAUAAAUUAAAUUGAUUUAGGCUUGGAUUCAAACAUGAAAAAUCAAACAUUAAAAAAGCAUCCUCAAAUUCAGGGGUAGGGGUUGCUCUCGGGGUUGAAGUUAAAAUCUUUAGGUGCGCACAUGAAAUGCUUUUGAUUUAAAUGUAAAAGAAAAUAUCAUCAGAAUAUCCUCCAGGAUCAAGAAAUUUUAAGAUUUUUACAGCCCUUCCCAAGAGAUUUGCUUUGUCAAGGCAAAAAAGAUUGAUUAUUAGAACUGAAUCCUUGAAAAUGCACAAAAAUUCAUAAACCACGUGCGGCCGAUAAAACAGUGCACUGAACCUUCACUUCACUGUGACACCUGAAUUCUAACCUCCCACAAGAAAACGAGCUGUAACUUCGUCCGUAACCCAAAGAAAAAUGUUUCGUCUUACGCGUACGCUUAACCGUCUAAAAAAAGUGAGUGUAUUGCAUAACAACGUACGCGAGCAAAGUGUGAUGACCCAGAAAUUGAUGUACACAGAAUACGGCGACCCCAUGAAGGUUUUGCGCAAACACAACGAGGAGAUAAACGACAAUGUGAAGCCGGACGAAGUUUUGGUGCGUAUGCUCGCUGCGCCUAUUAAUCCGGCCGAUAUCAACACCAUCGAGGGCAAGUAUCCGUCGAAACCUGUGUUGCCGGCCAUCGGCGGGGGUGAAGGUGUCGCUGAGGUUAUCGACGUCGGUUGCGAGGUUCGCAAUUUCGCCGUGGGAGAUCGUAUUGUGCCUCUCAAGCCCGGGAUGGGUACGUGGAGGACUCACGCCGCUUUGUCUCACAAUUUCGUCUACAAGGUGCCGAAGAAUUUGGGUAUUGUGGAGGCGGCGACGCUGACGGUUAAUCCUUGCACAGCUUACCGCAUGCUGAGGGAUUUCACGAGCCUGAAGCCGGGAGAUUGUGUCAUUCAGAAUGGGGCGAAUUCCGCCUGUGGGCAGUACGUCAUACAGAUUUGUCGCGUUUGGGGUUUGAGUACGGUUAACAUUGUGAGAGAUCGCGAGAAUGUCGACGAACUAAAACGCUCUUUGUUGGACCUGGGAGGCACACAUGUCGUCACCGAAAGCGAGUUGAGGAAAACGAACCUGUUCAAAAGUAAAGAGUGCCCCUGGCCAAAGUUGGGUCUGAACUGCGUUGGAGGGCAGAGCGCCCUCGAGCUGAUGCGUAACUUGGCGCCUGGUGGCACCAUGGUAACCUAUGGAGGAAUGUCUAAAGAACCCGUGACCGUUCCCACUUCCGCUUUAAUUUUCAAAGACAUUAAAGCGGUAGGCUUUUGGAUGACCAGGUGGACUAACGAACACUUCGAUUCCGAAGACAGAAGCGAAAUGCUAGAGGAGUUGGUCACGAUGAUGACCAAAGGUGAAAUUCACGGUCCCGCCUUUCAAAUGGUCAACUUCAAGGAGUACGAGCGGGCUUUAUCGACGAUUAUUGGCGGCGGAGGGAAAUUGGGAAAGAAGAUUAUUUUAGGUUUCGACAGUUGUUGAUUUGUAUAAACUCGUCUAGAAAAUACAAUUGAUUGAUUUCGUUUUCAA